AUGGCUAGAUCGCUCAAGAAAUCAGUUAAGUUGAGUUUAAGACAUGUACGGAUCCGUUCUUCAACAUCUAGUUUCAAACCGAGUUCUCGUUCCAUAGAGAGGGACCAAAGAAUCGAGUUUCUUGGAAGAGGAGAAAAUGGCGUUAGAGAAGAGGAAAACGAUGGUGACAAUAGUAGCGAGUAUGAAGAAUUCGAAGAGGAGGAUGUGGUAGAAGGAGAAGGAGAAAUAGAAGAAGAGGAGGAAAAAGACAAUGGAAAAAGCGUUGUAAGCGGUGGCAACAAAACUGAAUGCAAAGAAGAGAUAGAAGAAGUGGAAACGGUGGAAGCGGCGGCAGAGGAGGAGAUCACCGAGGCAGGGAAUAGAGUGAUGGUGGUGGUGGAUAAAGUAGUUGCUUCAACUGGUGCUCUUGAAUGGGCUUUGAAGCACACAUUACAAUCACAUGACUAUCUUUUCCUCUUAUAUUUCUCCAAACCUUUUAGAAAAGGCAAGAAGAAGAACCGGAAACGUGAAGUUAAGACCGAUGAACUCGUCCACACUCUAAAGAAACUCUGCCAAACAAAGCGACCUGGGAUAGAGGUAGAGAUAAGAAGACUAGAAGGAAAAGAGAAAGAGAAAGGAGAGAAGAUAGUGGAGGAAGCUAAAGAACAACAAGUGACCCUCUUAGUAGUCGGAGAAGAAAAGAAACCGCCGGUUUGGAGAGUAGUGAAGCGAUGGGGAUGGAAGAAACGGCGUGGCCGAGCCGGAGUUCUCAAGUAUUGCCUUGAGAAGGCUUCAUGUAUGACCAUUGCGGUUAAACCAAAGAACCGGAAGCUUGGUGGUUACUUGAUCACUACCAAACGUCACAAGAACUUUUGGCUCUUGGCUUGAAUCAAAUUAAGCCUACUCUAGGCUGUUUUUGCCUCUCUUUGUAUCUUGUUAUGUUUUUUCCGAUUAUAGAGAAGAUUGAUUUCAGUUUUGUUUUGUUCUUGUUUGAUUAACAGAGUUUUUCUUGAACCAAGUAGCUAGACCAAUUUUUGUAAUAAUUACAGAUAUUAUGAUGAUAUUC